AUGAACACCGCAAGGUCGACGCUCGUUCGACGAGCUGUGCCUUCGCGAGUACUGCCGUCACCUUUACUCCGUCGAAGAGCUGCUCCCUCCAUAUUAUCCAAUACCAGCUAUGCGGUAGUUCCUCGCUCCGUACUCCCAGCUACCACCUUCGUUCGCACCUACGCCAAUGGUCGACCUCACCCACCCGGCGGGACCCAUCGCAUGAAUAUGGGAGGCGAACCCGAGAAACCUGCAUUAGAAGAAUACGGGGUUGACCUGACUGCCCGAGCAAAAGACGGGAAGCUAGACCCGGUCAUCGGAAGAGAUGGAGAGAUUCACCGAACGAUACAGAUCCUGUCACGGCGGACAAAAAACAAUCCUGUCUUGAUCGGCGCAGCCGGAACCGGGAAGACCGCAAUCCUCGAAGGUCUCGCACAGAGGAUAGUAAGAGGAGACGUACCUGAGAGCAUCAAAAAUAAGAGGGUUAUUUCUUUGGACCUUGGUCAGUUGAUAGCUGGUGCUAAGUUCAGAGGCGACUUUGAGGAAAGGUUGAAGAGGGUCUUGAAAGAGGUACAAGAGGCACAUGGAGGAGUCAUCCUUUUUGUCGACGAAUUGCAUACCCUGCUCGGUCUGGGAAAGGCUGAGGGCUCAAUUGAUGCAAGCAACCUCCUAAAACCGGCCUUGUCACGCGGUGAAUUACAAUGCUGUGGUGCCACCACCCUCAAUGAAUACCGUCAAAUCGAGAAGGAUGUGGCACUCGCACGCCGCUUCCAACCGAUCCUAGUUGGCGAGCCUUCAGUCCAGGACACCAUCUCCAUCUUGCGUGGUAUCAAAGAUCGCUACGAAGUCCAUCAUGGCGUACGCAUUACAGAUGGUGCUCUAGUUGCUGCCGCAACGUACAGCAAUCGGUAUAUCACUGAUAGAUUUCUCCCCGACAAAGCUAUCGAUCUCGUGGAUGAAGCAGCCUCCGCUUUGCGCUUACAACAAGAGUCCAAACCUGACGCCAUCCAGAAGCUGGAUCGCGAGAUCAUGACCAUUCAAAUCGAGCUCGAGUCUCUGCGUAAGGAGACCGACAUCGCCUCCAAGGAGCGUCGACAAAAGCUUGAGGAGACACUCGCAGAGAAGAAGAAAGAGGUAGAUCGUCUGACUGAGAUUUGGGAUCGCGAAAAAGCAGAAAUCGAAGCCAUCAAGCGAACUAAGGAAGAACUGGAAAGGGCUCGACAGGAACUGGAGCUAGCCAGACGCGCUGGCAACUUUGCUCGCGCUGGUGAACUUCAAUAUGCGACCAUCCCCAAACUCGAAUCCCAACUGCCAAAAGAAGGCGAAGAAGUUACCUCGACGACGAAGAACGGAGAGACCCUCAUCCAUGACUCGGUAACUGCCGAUGAUAUCGCCAACGUCGUCAGCCGGACAACAGGAAUUCCAGUCAACAAACUCAUGGCUGGGGAGGUUGAAAAGCUUGUCAAGAUGGAAGACAAACUGAGAGAGCACGUUCGUGGCCAAGAUGAAGCGCUUACUGCCGUGGCCAAUGCGGUCCGCAUGCAACGAGCAGGUCUUAAUGGCGAAAACCGUCCGCUCGGGAGCUUCAUGUUCCUCGGCCCUACCGGAGUAGGGAAAACAGAACUCUGCAAACAGAUUGCAAACUUCCUCUUCAGCACAGAGACCGCUGUGGUUCGAUUUGACAUGUCGGAAUUCCAGGAGAAGCACACAGUCUCGCGACUCAUUGGCGCCACCGCAGGCUACGUGGGGUACGAGGAUGCAGGCCAGCUAACAGAGGCCGUCCGACGCAAGCCGUAUGCAGUUCUUCUAUUCGACGAGUUUGAAAAGGCCCACCGUGACAUUUCAAGUUUGUUGCUGCAAGUACUCGACGAAGGAUUCCUCACAGACAGUCAAGGCCACAAAGUCGACUUCCGAAACACCUUGAUUGUCUUGACCAGCAAUCUUGGUGCAGAGAUUCUGAUGGGUAGCGGCGCCGAUGUGGAGGCUGUGACGCCCGAACAAAAGAAGGGAGUAAUGGAAGUUGUGCAAGCUUCCUACCCACCCGAGUUCCUCAACCGGAUCGACGAGUUCAUCAUCUUCAACAAGCUAUCCAAAUCUGCUCUGCGAGACAUUGUGGACAUCCGGAUCCGCGAACUUCAAGGGCGCCUUGAUGAUCGCAGGAUGAACCUUGACGUUUCACCCGAGGUGAAGGAUUGGCUGUGUGAGAAAGGCUAUGAUCCUCGUUACGGCGCCCGUCCACUCAAUCGCCUAAUACAGCACGAGAUUGGUCGAAAGUUGGCAGACAGGAUCAUAAGAGGUGAACUGAAGACGGGCGACACUGCAAAAGUCAUUGUAGGUAAGAACCGGGAGGCUUUGGAACUGGAAGUUCAACCCAAAGCCUGA